GCUAAGAGACCGGAGAGCUGCCUGGACUGCUUGUCUGCCUUCCCAGCUCCCUGAGGGUUUUAAAGCGACCACAAUGAACAAGUUCCUGUGCUGCACGCUUGUGUUGCUGGGCAUCUCUGUGAAAUGGACUGUCCAGGUGAUUCCUCGCACGUACCUCCAUUAUGACCGUAUGACCGGCCGUCAGCUGACGUGUGACGAAUGCCCACCUGCAACGUACGUCAAACGGCAUUGCACGACUUCUUCAAAGACUGAGUGUGCCCCCUGUCCCGAUCAGCACUAUUCAGAUGACUGGAACAGUGAUGAUGAGUGCUAUUAUUGCGACGUGGUGUGCAAGGAGCUGCAGUUUGUGGUAGUUGAAUGCAGCAACACCACGAACCGGUACUGUGAGUGCAUCGAGGGGAGGUACCUUGACCUGGAAUUCUGCGCAAGGCACACAGUGUGCCCUCCUGGGUUUGGCGUGGUUCAGCAAGGUACCCCUGAAAGAGACACAGUUUGUCAGCGUUGCCCAGCAGGCUAUUUCUCCAGUGAAAGGUCAUCCAAAGAAGCUUGUCGACCCCACACCGACUGCAGUGCACUCAAUCUCAAAAUGGUGUGGAAGGGAGAUGCCACGAGGGACAACAUGUGCCGCGGAGAAAGAAACCACAGAUCAGAACAGCAGUGUGAAAUCGAUGUAACCCUAUGUGAGGAAGCAUUCUUCAGAUUUGGCGUUCCCACAAAGCUUUCACCCAACUGGUUGGAAACUCUAAAGGACAGCCUCCCCGGUGAAAAAGUCAAUGCGGAAACCCUAGAAAGCAUUAAACAAAGGGACAGCCCUCAGGAACAGACCUUUCAGCUACUGAAAUUAUGGAAGCAGCAGAACAAAGACCACGAUAUGGUCAAGAACAUUAUACAAGGCAUCAAUCAUUGUGAAAAUACUGUCUUGAAACACAUUGGCCAUCUCAAUAUCACCUUUGAGCAGCUCAAUGUCUUGAUGGAAAAUUUACCUGGAAAGAAAGUGGGGAAAGAAGAAACAGAGCCUAUUGUGAGGAUGUGCAAACCUACAGAACAGAUCUUCAAGCUCCUCAACUUGUGGAGAGUAAAAAACAGAGACCAAGAUACCAUCAAGGGCCUGAUGUAUGGGUUGAAGCAUUUGAAAACAUACCAUUUCCCCAAGACAACGAUCCAAGGCCUCCGGAAAGUGGUCAAGUUUCUCCACAGCCUGCACAAAUUAUAUCAGAAGCUUUUCUUCGAAAUUCUAGGAAAUCAGAGCCAUUUGGUAAAAGCGAGACGUGGGUAGUUCUCAGCUACCUGAUCUUUCAUUUGCCACUUGCUGCUAGCAGUAUGGAUUCAAUCUGGGGAGGAAAAUGUUUUCCUGUAUUAUGCUUAUUUAUAUUUAAGCAUUUAUAUUUAAGCAUAAUUUAUAUCUGACUGGGAUAGCUCAGAGCUAUUUUAGACCUUUUCAUUGUUGUUGGUGUCAUUGUCAUUGUUGUUGUUAUAACACUACAAUCCUGAC